UAUCCCAAGACUGACUACAUUUCCCAUCAACCCUUUCGGCGCAUGCGCACGCCGCGUUGUCUGGCAGUGGUAAACAGACGUCAGAAGGGAGUCUUCGCCUCGAGUCAAAACAAAACAAAACAAGAAAGAUCUACCAGGAAUAGCUGUUUGUUUAUCUCCAUUAACAGCAGAAGAGAAGCGAUUCGGCGGUAAUUUCAACAAACCGCCAAGUUAUUGAAGAGAAGUGGUUUUCUUCGACUUUUACCGGAGGGAGAAUAACUCAUAAAAACUGGAGUUGGCUAACUAGGUGGCCAUCUAGUUACUCUCGCAGUAGUAAAACUACGCUUUUCAGUUUUGUCCCAGAGGCCGAGUAGCCGGCGAUCGAGUUCAAGAAGCGGACAGGCGGCGCCUUUUUGUCUUUUCGGAGAACACAUCGACCGUUAGUGGGAUACGGGAAGCCUUCAACGGAACGGAUUCGUUCGGCGCGAGCGAGCAUCGUGUGUAGCCGCGUCUCGAGGAACAUGGCAGAUGGUGGCACGCGCCAGCACACAGCGUGGAGGACCGUGCACACUUGAACGACAAUAACACAGAUUUUUUUAUUGUAUGGUAAAAACUACGUUACCCGUUAUGAUAGAGCACUCAAGUAAGAUAUUGUCUUUGUACUUUUUUCUUUUUUUGUUAAAGUUUGAUCGUUAUGAUUUAAGGUUUACGUACGGAUUAUUUUGGCGAUUUAACAAUCUUGCUUAACGCAUUUAAGUUGGGAUGCACUUAAAUCAUUUUAAACCUAUAUUUUUUAUGUUUUAACCUCGGAAUGGAUCCCGAUUAAUUAAAUAACGUGACUUUGUUGACUUUGACAGGCAGCUGUAACAAGUAAUUCCCAUUCACUUGAAUUCGUUUACAAGGACAGUAUUCUUACAUAGUAUACAAGUACAUUCAGUUUACAAGAAAGAUUAGUGUACGACUUGAUGCGAUCAUAUUAAGUUGGUUUAUUGCUCUUUUUGUAGAGUUUGUAAAAUGGUUUACUCGUUUUUUCCUGUCUAAAGUCUAAUUGCGAAAGCCAAUCAACCAUUAGCUGCUAUAAUAGGAACCAGUGGGAGGUGGUUAUUUUAGCAAUUAAAGCGCAUUUUAUGAUUGGUUUUGCGAUUUCACCUACUUCACUGCCUCAAUUAGAUUUUUUUUCUGUAAAAGAGUGUUUAAUUAUAUACAAUAGUUCAUAGAUCAUCCUUUGUCACUCCAGGGCGUCCUCCUUUACUGUGGUUUAUCUUUUGACAAUCCAGCUGUUUUGAUGUGUAGUGAAUUUCCUUUGUUCUUUCUCCAUUAAACAAAGAGACCCCCUUCUAUCCUCGUUUCCUCUAUGUAAAUCAGAAGGUUUAUGUUCGUUACUAUUAAGGAGAUUAUUUGGCCCCUUUAAUCUCCAAUCUGAGGAUUAACUGACGCUAUAUUGGUGUGUUCAGAUUAUUACGAAUGUGCUCCGUUACGCUCCAGACAGUCGCAGUUAAAUUCAGUACGGAUGAUUUAUACUGUAGUGUAAUAUAUUAAAGAAGAAAAAAUAUUUUCUAAACAAGAUUAUUUUACUUUUGGUAUAAAUAGUCGUACUCUUACUUUUCAUCGCCCAGUCUAUUUUUUUUAUUUAUUUUUUUAAACUUCGCAUCAAAACUUAUUCACUGAAAUCCAGCCUUCCUCUGAAAUUAUCUGGAUUGCAUCUCAUAAUGGAGGAAGAAAACGUACCCCCGAUUGACCCAGAUUUUGAGCCGCAGAGCAGACCGAGGUCAUGUACAUGGCCGCUGCCUAGACCCGACAUCUCAGCUGUCAAAGCCGGGGGGGCCGACGGCUCAGAGUCUGCUGCUGGAACUCCACCCACCGAGGAAGAUAAACACGAGCCUCAGCCAAUCAUAUCCGAGCCUGAGAAAGUCGCGGUCUCGGAGGGCGGGGUUAUCACUGGAGUGGGCGGAGCUACGCCUCGGAAAGGCUCUUCCAGGCGUAAUGCCUGGGGUAAUCAGUCCUACGCGGAUCUGAUCAGCCAGGCGAUUGAAAAUUCGCCAGAAAAACGACUUACUCUGGCGCAGAUCUACGAUUGGAUGGUCAAAACGGUGCCGUAUUUUAAGGACAAAGGAGAUAGUAACAGUUCUGCUGGGUGGAAGAACUCCAUUCGCCACAAUUUAUCGCUCCACAACAAGUUCCUGCGAGUGCACAAUGAGUCGACUGGAAAGAGCUCUUGGUGGAUGCUCAACCCCGAGGGGGGCAAAACUGGCAAAGCCCCUCGCCGCCGCGCCGCCUCAAUGGACAACAGCAGCAAAUUGCUUAAAAGCCGUAUUCGAGCAAAGCAGACUAAAAAGCAGGCCGGAGCGGCUGGGAUCGGAGGCUCUGGAGGUUCCCUGCAGGGUGAGGGUGCCUCCGGAGCUGGCGGUGCAGACAGUCCCGGGCAUCAAGGUCAGUUCGGAAAGUGGGGAGUGAACAGCAGCAGCCCUUCCUCUCGCGGCAGCCUGGACGACCCGGACAUGUGGACGAGUUUCAGGCCACGUACAAGCUCCAAUGCCAGCACGCUGAGUGGGAGGCUCUCUCCUAUUGCCACGGGGCAGGAGGACGAGGAUGACCUACCUGAGGAUGGUCUUCUUGGUGGCUAUUCCACAGGGAAUCUUCCCCCAACACUAACUGAGACGCUAAUGGAAGAGCUGGAUUUGAUUGACGGGCUAACGUUAAUGACAGGUCCGCAAGGUGGUGCGAGCCCUAGCACAGCUCCUCCUGCCCCACCUCAGCCUUUGCCCUCGGCAUCCACCCUGCUGCCUCGAGUGUCCAGCUUUCCUUCAUUUCGGCAGCUGCAGCAAUCAAAGGCUACACAGGGAUCCACUCUGCCAGGGUCGCAAAGCUCUGUUCAACCCAGUGCUGGAUCGAGCACAAGCCAAUCAAGCUUUGGAAAUUCGCUUUUCAGUCCUCUGCCCGGUCCGGGUCACAGUGGUUUUAGCACUCACGUGCCCUCCAGCCUCGAAGCGCUCCUGAUCUCCGAUUCGCCCCCACCCAGCGAUGUUAUGAUGACCCAGAUGGAUCCUCUUAUGCCGGGCCAAGGAGGUGGUGGGCUUUUGGGGCUUGGGGGAUCUAUGUCCAGCAGCCGAGCUAAGGCAGGCCAGAUGUUGCUGAGCAAAGGCAUUGACACGAGCGCAGUGGGGCUGAUGAGCCUCCAGCCUCAACCCCAACUCCAGCACUCACAGAUGGGCUUUGGAAUGAUGCACUCGGCCAUGAGCCAGGAACCACCUCAGCUCGCAGCUAUAAAGAGCCAGCAUGAGGUGCCUGGCGCUGGGCUUCUGCAGCACGGAGCUGUCCCAUCACCCGGUGGGAACGGAGGCCUGCAAGGUCUAGGCCAGUUUGCAACACCGACCUGCUUCAUGCCCUCCCAGGACCGUCUGCCUACAGACUUGGAUAUCGACAUGUUCACUGAAAACCUGGACUGUGAUGUGGAAUAUAUUAUCAACAGUGAUCUUAUGGAUGGAGACCUGGUUGACUUCAACUUUGACCCCAUCAUACAGGGUGGACAGGGCUAUACUGGGCCAGCAACCCAACAGAGCGCCUCCCACAACUGGGUGCCCAGCUAACUCCAUUAUUAAAGAUGAUAACAGGAUUGUAAAUAAGACAUCCAUGAGACAACUUUUACAAACAGAUGUGGCACAUUGUCUGAACAUAUUCUAAAAUCUUGCCUCUGCAUUUGCCAUCAUACCUCAAAUAAAUAAACUGCUCAGCUAAGGACAACACACACUUGGCCAAGAAGUCUCAUGUCAGAAUUCUCAAUUAGACGAUGAAAUCAAACCUCAUACACGUCAAGUGCCAAUGUCAACUGAAGAGUGUGCUGUUGGACACAGAGAUCGUUGUUUUG